AUAAUACUGAUUUGUGUGGUGGUGCAGAGCAUUUGACCAACGUUUUGAUAGAAUUCUUCUAAAUAAAAUGGCCUGCCGUAAAAUUGUUUGUGAAUUACAAAUUUUAAGCCGCAAUGGCAAAAAUUUAGUUGCACCCAUCGCCACCAGUCCCGUGCGUUCUUAUUCAUCUCGCAAAGACUUGGAGAAAACUACACAUACUGGCCAAGUUUUCGCCGAGGAUGACUAUCGUAAUGUUCGUUUCAAUAAUGCCAAACGUUAUGUUAAUGAAAACUGGGGCAUCAAAUUGAUUGAUGAAAUUCCCCCCAAGGAAUGUACCGAACGUGUCGUGUACUGUGAUGGCGGUGAUGGUCACUUGGGUCAUCCUAAAGUCUAUAUUAAUUUGGACAAACCUGGCGCUCACAUUUGUGGUUAUUGCGGUUUGAGAUUUGUCAAGAAGGAAGGUCAUCAUUAAAAUUUUAGAUAAUAUUAACCGAAUGUGAGAAAUAUAAUUUAAAUUGUUAAAUAAAUUUCAAAAAUUAAUAAAAAAUACAUCUUAAAACAUAA